AGUUCCUUUUUCAUUUCUCAGAUUUCCAAACAAUUGAGCUGCUGAAACUUUUGUGUGUGAACAAGAGUAAUUGAUUAAUAUCAUGGAUCACAAGACGUGGGCUUGGAGAAAAAGGUCAUCUGAGAAGACGAUUAUAGCAAAUGAGAACACAGAUCUUUCGUUAAGAACAGACAAUGAAGAGACGAUUCCACGUGAGAAAGAAGCGAGUCUGGAGCAAACUGUGAAGGAUUUACACCUCAAAUUGGCAUCACUUCUCCUUGAAAACCAAGCUAAGGAUGAAAAUAUCGCAAAGCAUUCGAGGAUUGCUAAAGAGGCCAUUUCUGGGCGGGUGAAGGCAGAAGCAGAAGCCGAGAUUUUGAAGCAAGAACUAGAAAAAGCAAUCAAACAGGAGGAAGCCUCAAAUGGAAGGCUAACUCAAUUGAAUUUUGCUCUAAAGGAUUCCAUGCAGCAGUUAAACUUAAUCAGAGGAGGACAAGAAAGGGUAAUCCAUGACGCAGUUAUGAAGACUUCAGCCGAAUUCGAGAAGGCACAGAAAAGGUUAGAGGAAAAACUUUCCGAACAGAAUAAAAAGCUGUCGAGUUUAACUGUGGAGAACAACCAUUUGGUUAAGGUCCUCAUAAUGAAAGAAACGGUGAUCGAAGAUCUAGCCAAACGGAAUUUCCAGGCGGAAGAUGAUUUCGCCAGGUUGAUGGCUAAAAUGGACGCAUUAGAAAAGGAAAAAGCGUUCCUUGUCUAUGAAUUGCGGAUGCUCGAGAAGGAACUUGAGUUAAAUCGUCAGUCGACUGAUAAAUCACACAAGCUAUACAUGGAAGGUGUGAAGAAGAUCUCAAAGCUGGAAUCGGAAUGUCAGAGGUUAAGGAUUCUAAUGAGGAAGCGCUUGCCAGGUCCUGCCACUUUAGCCAAGAUGAAAAACGAAGUUGAAAUUCUCCGAAAAAAAUCCAAUCUCGGAAACAAUAAUCCUUCGACUCCAGAAAUGAAUCUCUUGAUGGAGCAGUUGCAUGAGAUGGAAGAAGAAAACAAUAUACUAAGAAAAAACUUGGCCCGAAAAGAUGAUUUAAGAACAGUUCAAGAUAAUUUGGAGCUGGUGAAGUACUGUCAUCACGAUGCCUCCAAAGAUCUCUCUCCAAAGUCAAGCUUCGGUUUCGGAAGCGACGAGAGCAAUAGUUCCGAGUCAUGGGCUUUGGCUCUAAUUGGAGAGCUGGAGAAUUUCCGAAAUGAUAAGAGCUGCAGAAGGAUGUCAGAUCUCAAUUUAAUGGACGAUUUCGUUGAAAUGGAGAAACUCGCAUUAGUUUCUGUUGAACCGACUGGGAAUGAUGAUAGACGAGAAGAAUCUAUAACUGGAUAUAUUACAUGGAAAUCAGAAGACAAAUACGAGAAGGAGUUGCAAACUAAACUAAGAAAUUCGAUCCACAAGAUUGUCGAGCUGCUCAGAGUAAUUGGCCAGACGAGCUCAACUCCUCUCGGGGAAGACAACAUAGUUCGAGCUUUCCAAUGGAAAGGUGAUUUGGAAAUAUUUACAAACGAGUUAGCAUCUGCAAUGGAGUGGAUUGUGGGAAACUGCAUUCCUUUUAAAGAUCAGUAUAAGAAUCUGGAGUCUUUACAUCAGGAUUUAGAUUCUAUGCUGAAGUUGGCUAGUGAUAUGAACGAGGACUUGAUGAAAAGACUUAGGGAAUCGAACGAAACUGUUGGAAACUUGCAGAGAGAGUUAAAAGAAACGAAAGAGUGUAAAGGGAUGAUCGAGGAUCAGAUUGAAAACCAGAAGAUGAUUAAUGAAGAACUGGAUACUCAACUAAGCAUCACAAAAGUGAAACUAAACGAUGUGCUACAAAAACUUGUAUCUCUCGAAGUUGAAUACGAGGAUAAAACUCAUUGUUGUGAAGAUUUAGAGGCAACUUGUCUCGAGCUUCAACUCCAGCUAGAAAGUAUUGACAGAAAGCCAUAUCAUAAGGACAGUCCUGGCCGAGAUGAGAAGCUAGGAAAAACUGGGUGGGAGAUAACAGCUGCAUCUGCAAAACUGGUAGAGUGUCAACAGACAAUCUUAAACCUUGGAAAACAGUUAAAGGCUUUAAACUCGGCUAAAAUAACAAAUAUGGACAAAGCAAUGACUAUUGUCAGAUCGAAGAAGCUGGUAAAUAGACCAUCUCUUCGCGAUCGGAUGCUGGCGGAGGAUGACUUCAACAAACCUCAAGAUCUUGCGAUUAUUAGUGGGACAGAAAAAAGUAAACCAUUCUUAUGCAUCAUGCCUCCAUUACCAGCUGCAAAGUUGUCUAUGGCAAUUAUACCUAGCAAGAAACGCGGAGGAGAUCAAGGUGGUGGUGGCGGUUUUCUAAGGAAGCUGUUGAUGAUUCGGAACAAGGGAAGUGGAAGAUCGAAGGCGUAAAAUCAUAUCUUGAUUUGCGAGGUUAGUCUCUUUGUAUUGGGUUUGUUUUCUUAUUGUAAUAGCUUGAAGCUUUUGAAGUGAUGUAUAUACCAGGCUUACCGGUUGGUUUGGUUGCCAAUAAAAGUUACUUGUAGUAGAAGUAAAAUAAUGUUUAGUAUGGUGGUUUGCUUAAUUUGGAUUUUUUUUGGGUUAUGUAAUAAUGAAUGAUUGGCAGAUUGGGUUAUUUGUAAUUUGUUGUUUGUAAUAAUGAGAGAUUUUGGGUUUCUGUUUUA